UAUACGACUUGCAUACUCUCGUUUUCAUAAUUAUCGACAUGCUGUCUCUCUCUGUCCUCCUCUUAAUUGCGCCUCUUGUCUCCUGCAUACCUCGCAUGCACAAGAAUCAUGCGAGAGCCGUCGACACCACGUCGAUUAGCGGGCGAUACGAUUCUGUCAAUGUGGGACAGUACUCACUGCUUAACAAUCUCUGGGGCGAGUAUGAUGCUUCCUCGGGCUCCCAAUCCUCUCAGAUCAUGUCGCUGGCUGGUAGUACUAUUGCCUGGAAAACAAACUGGACUUGGACUGGUGGAAAUGAAGUCAAGAGUUUCGCCGACAUCCAGCUCAAUACUGGCAUCAACCAACAGCUGAGUGCUAUUUCCAGCAUGCCUUCUACUUGGGACUGGUCUCAGUCGACCACUGAAUCGGUCGUAGCUGACGUUGCCUAUGACUUGUUCACAUCCAACACAGCUGGUGGCUCGAAUGUAAACGAAAUCAUGAUCUGGCUCGCAAACAUCAACUCUGGACCAAUCGCUGCGCAGUACAACGCUGCAGGUCAAGCUGUCCCGAUUGUGCAAAACAUCUCGAUCGAAGGUUACACCUGGGACUUGUACUCUGGAUCCAACGGAUACAACCAGGUUUACUCGUUCCUCUUGACUAGUGGUACCAUUGAAUCGUUCAGUGGCGAUGUUUACGAAUUCAUUUCGUACUUGAUUGACAAUCAAGGGAUGAGCUCGUCACAGUACCUUACCACUGCCCAGGCAGGCACGGAGGCUACUUCUGGAACGGCGGAAUUCACUACUUCUGCCUACAGCUUGACCAUCAACUAAAAUUAUUUUAUAUGCCCGUCGUACGGCACAUGGUGUACGGAUAAUACGUCCUCUGCGGCCCGACCGUUGGUGUAAGAGCUUCUCCUCGCAUACUCGGUGCGCCGUCAGGACCCGGGGACAUCCACCUCUAUCUAAGUUCUUUUAAUCCUUACCACUCACUACGCCACCUUUAUCACUCUACCGUCUCACCUCGUGCAGGCCACGAACAUCAACACAGCACUUACAGCCAUCAUCACUCCUUUGAACCUUGCCUUGCACUUACAUAUUCCACUCAUUUCCUGUCCGUUCGUUUUUCGUAUAAAACAUGGCAUCCAAUUCUCGUACAGCAUUGGAAUUCACCUAUAAUAAAGAAGGGACGACUGUCUUCUUUUCAUUUGGUCUGCCUAGAAUAAACCCGUUUUGACUCGAAAUAUAUAUCGGGUCCAAAGUCUAUCAAUGUUCAACUUCCCAUUCGAGCUCGCAAAA